UAAUAGUACCACUACAUUGCUAAGUUGCUUAAGUUGAUUUUGGCUCAAGAAAAAGCACAUCCACCUUAUGGCUUUCUCAAAAGUGUUACUAAUUUUAUCCACCUUUUUAAGAAUGGUGACAAUAGCCAUAGCCAAGCAAAAGUUCCAAGCAAGCCAAUGGUCUCUAGCCCAUGCAACCUUCUACGGCGACGAAAGCGCCUCUGCAACAGUUGGUGGAGCCUGUGGCUAUGGCAACCCGUUCAGUAACGGUUACGGGACUAAUACCGCAGCAUUGAGCUCGACACUGCUCAACGAUGGGUACGGUUGCGGGACUUGUUACCAGAUUCGGUGUACCGGGUCGACAGCGUGCUACGGUGGCUCGCCAAUCAUCGCAGUAACGGCGACAAAUUUGUGUCCGCCAAAUUGGGCCCAGGACUCGAACAAUGGUGGGUGGUGCAAUCCUCCGAGGGCCCAUUCCGACAUGUCGAAGCCGGCUUUCAUGAAGAUCGCAGAGUGGAGAGCCGGAAUCAUUCCAGUGAUGUAUCGCAGGGUGCCAUGCACGAGGAGAGGGGGGCUACGAUUUACGUUCCAGGGGAACGCGUAUUGGCUACUGGUGUACGUGAUGAACGUAGGUGGGGGAGGGGACGUGGGGAGUGUGUGGGUGAAGGGGAGCAACACAGGGUGGAUCUCCAUGACCCACAACUGGGGCGUCUCCUACCAGGCCUUCACGGCCCUCGCCGGCCAGUCCCUCUCCUUCAAGAUCACGUCCUACGCCACGCGCGACACCGUCGUUGCGUGGCACGUCGCACCCCCCGACUGGAGCGUUGGGUUGACGUACGAUGCGAGCGUCAACUUCUACUGAAACGUACGUGCAGCUCUAGUUCGGAAACAAAAAUUGACGGACGGUUGAUGAUGGUCUUACGGUGGGGACUGUUCGUAACGAAUUUUUUGCUUCUUUAGUGGGAAUUAAUGUUGCCCCUUCCUUAAAAGGGAAAGAGGGUUUGGAUUGUGUAGUUAAUCUGAUCGGGAGCGGUUCCAGGAAUAUAUAUUAACAUCUCCACCAACAUACAUGAUAGAUAAGAAAAGUACGUAAAAUUGAUAAGAUAGGAGAAAGAAAUUUAA